AUGGACGGCCCGUCUGGCAACGACACCAGCAAUGGCAGCGGAUUUGACCUGGCAGUCCCGACGAACCCAAACCCUACAUUCCCGCUACCGCCGUUAAGAAAGCUGGACGACCCUAAUAUUGUCCUCUUCUUGGUCGGCAUCAUUCUUCCCCAUGCAAUCUGCACCUUUUUCAUCAUCAGCCGCAUUAUUUCGCGGCUGUGGGUGAUCCGAAAAUGGUUCAUCGACGACACCCUCAUCAUCCUCGCAUGGCUCUUCUCCACCGCCCUCUGUGUCGUCUACAGCAUCACCGCCGAGACGCCCUCGUUAUUGUUGGCCCCGAAUGAGGCAACGCUGCAAAGGGAUACUAACCCAUACAUUAUGCGCACUUACCUGGGUCUGAUCUACUACCAAGUCUGCCUCAGCCUCACGAAAUUGUCCAUCCUUUCCUUCUAUCUGCGAAUCUUUGUCUCCCGACCGAAGGAACGUCGCCUGGCAUGGGGGACAAUCACAUUUGUGGUGCUGUACAGCAUUCCGAUGAUGCUCAUGAGCUCCUUGCAGUGCUACCCAGUGAAGGGUCAGUUCUUUGGCAAGCCCAUGUUGUGUUUUGGCUUCCCCGAGCUGCUCAUCUCAAGUGCGAGUCUGCACUCCGCCACAGACUUGUGGCUGAUCGUCAUGGUCAUUCCGUGCGUUGUGAAGCUGGAUUUGCCUAAGAGGCAGAAGGUUGCCCUUGCUCUGGUAUUGAGCCUCGGCAUCUUCGUCAUUGCUGCGAGUAUGGUUCGUUUGCAACUCAGCCUGCAUCGACAUUAUAGGCCAAACAGCGAGGGUGCCACGAACACGUUGACCUUCUUCGUCAUGACCAUCCUUGAGUGUGACCUGGCUCUCAUCUGCGCCAGCGCGCCGACCCUCCGUCCGUUCCUGGGCAAGGUCUUCCCCGCAUUCAUAAAUGCCACAAAGAGGAGGUCAAUGGACCCGGGCGCUCUCAGAAGCGACAGCUUUGACCUAACCAGUCUCACAUACGAGGGGUACCCGUGGGGAAACCCAGGUGUACCGCCACCAAGAAGCAAAGAUGGUAGUGUUGUAAGCCACUUGAACAACCCACGAAUGCCACCGCCCGUACCUCCUCUCCCGAUGUCACAGAAGACAAAGGCGCCGCCGCCACCACCUCUGAACUUGAAGGGUGCUGUGUUGGGUUCAUCGCCUCGGCUCGGUGGCGCGCCUCUCACAGGAGACGGCAGGCCAAUGCUCGGCGAGGUAUGGGAAGCCAGACGGACCUCAUCUAUAUAUUCCAACGAGCAUCAUUACGCAAACAGCUCCGAGUACUCACCGACGCACAUUGAACCCCCUCUGCCAAAGUCUAUCUACUCCCACGACCAUUACAGCGGCAGCUCCGAGUACUCACCGACGCACGUUGAACCCCCUCUGCCAAAGACUAUGAGGUUGAGCCUCGGUCCUGAGAUAGGGAACUUGGGGAGCUUCAUGACCGAAGCAAGGGAUCUGACGGCGAGCCACUCUAAUCGUGCUAGCACGAGCUUUGUGCCCGAGGGAAGGGACUUGAAUGGCGGUAACUAUAACCGUGCCAGCACCAGCUUCAUGAAUGAAGGGAAAGAUUUCGCAGACGACCGUUAUAACCGUGCCAGCACCAGCUACAUGAACGAAGGGAAGGACUUCUCAGACGGCAGUUAUUACCGCGCUAGCACUAGUUACACUUCCGAAGGGAAGGACUAUCCAGACGAGAACUAUAACCGUGCCAGCACCAGCUUCACUUCAGAAGGGAGGGACCUUACCAGCCAUCAAAACCGUGCUAGCACGAGUUUCGUAAACGAAGGGAACAAUAACCUGACAGUCGGCUACCAUAACCGUUAUAGUACGAGCUACAUAACCGAACCAGGCGGACGCCAGAACCGUCUUAGCUCGAUGUCGGGCCUCAGCGGAGCUACAUAUACUGUUGGCAGAUUUGCCGGUAGUGCCAGGGACGACAGUAGAAGAUUGACGAUGGAUAUACCCCAGGAAAGGGAUAGGAGGAUCCCUCCUCCCAGGCCGAAGCGGCCAGAUGAUCCGACAUUGUAG